GGCAGGCAGUCCCUCGCCAUGGCCGGGGCCAAGCCGGGAGUCCACGCGCUGCAGCUCAAACCCGUGUCCGUCCACGAAGCGCUGAAGAAGGGGGGCAAAUUCAUCAAAUGGGACGAGGAGCCCAACAGUGGGCCUCCCACACUGGUAACCCUGAAAGUUGACCCAGAUGGCUUCUUCCUCUACUGGACUGGAGGUUCCAACCUGGAGGUGGAGAUUCUGGACAUCAGCAACAUCAGAGACACCAGAACAGGAAAGUACGCCAAACAACCAAAGGAACCGAAGCUGCGAGAGGUGCUGGGCUUUGGUAAGGGCGACAAUGUAGAAGGGAAACUGGUAACUGUCGUCCAUGGCAACGACCUGGUCAACAUCUCCUUCCUCAACUUCCAGGCCAUGCAGGAAGAUACAGCCAAGAUUUGGACUGAUGAGCUGUUCACUUUGGCUACAAACAUACUUUCCCAGAAUGCAUCACGGAACACCUUCCUCUUGAAAGCGUACACUAAGUUAAAGCUGCAGGUGAAUCAGGAUGGGAAGAUUCCAGUGAAGAAUAUUCUCAAGAUGUUUUCAGAUAAAAAGAGAGUGGAGACGGCUCUGGAGCAGUGCAUUCUCGUCAAUAACAGGUCAGAGGGAAUAAAGCCAGAUGAUUUCUCAUGGGAGGCCUUCCAGAAGUUUCUCGACAGCCUCUGUCUGCGGCCUGAGAUACAAAGCAUCUUUGAGGAAAGUGGCUCCAAAAGGAAACCGUUCAUCUCUCUGGACCAGCUCAUGGACUUCAUCAACCGCAGGCAGCGAGACUCCAGACUGAACGAGGUGCUGUACCCCCCGCUGAAAAGAGAGCAGGUCCGACAGAUCAUGGAGAAAUAUGAGACCAACACCAGCCAGUUGGAGAGGGACCAGAUCAGUUUACAGGCUUUCAGUCGGUACCUGGGAGGAGAGGAAAACAGCAUCGUGCCUCCGGAGAGGCUGGACAUCAUCGACGAUAUGAACCAACCGUUGUCUCACUACUUUAUCAACUCCUCACACAACACAUACCUCACAGUGGGUCAGCUGACUGGUCUAUCCUCAGUGGAGAUGUACAGGCAGGUGCUUCUGACCGGCUGUCGCUGCGUCGAGCUGGACUGCUGGAAGGGUCGACCGCAAGAUGAGGAGCCCUACAUCACCCACGGGUUCACCAUGACCACCGAGAUCCCCUUCAAGGAGGUGAUUGAAGCGAUAGCAGAGAGUGCGUUCAAGACCUCGCCGUACCCCGUCAUCCUUUCCUUUGAAAACCACGUAGAUUCAGCCAAGCAGCAGGCCAAGAUGGCAGAAUACUGCAGGACCAUCUUUGGAGACGCUCUGCUCAUUGAUCCACUGGAGAAAUAUCCGCUGGUCCCCGGCCAGGCUCUCCCAUCACCUCAGGAGAUGCUGGGGAAGAUUCUCAUUAAAAACAAGAAGAAGCACCACCACCACCGGCCCUCGAGUGGCGGCAGCAUACGACGCAGAGAGCUGGAGGAGCAGUCGUCGCCCAACAACGACUGUCCUCUGACAGACAUUGAGGGGAGCCAGCUCCUGUCCAACGGGGAGGAGAAGCUGGCUGAGAGGAUGGUCAAAGACUUGGAGCCUCGCAAAUCCCUCGGAGGUGAGGGAGAAAGCGAGGAGGAUGAGGAGGAUGAAGCAGUGACAGAUCUGAAAAAGCCAAACACUGAUGAGGGUACAGCCAGCAGUGAGGUGAACGCUACAGAGGAAAUGUCAACUCUCGUCAACUACAUCGAACCUGUCAAAUUCAAGAGCUUCGAGGUGGCAACCAAGAGGAAGAAGUUCUUUGAGAUGUCAUCAUUUGUGGAAACCAAAGGCAUGGACACCCUGAAGAGCUCACCUAUCGAGUUUGUCGAGUACAAUAAGAACCAGCUGAGCCGAAUCUACCCUAAAGGCACGAGGGUGGACAGCUCCAACUACAUGCCUCAGCUCUUCUGGAACGUCGGUUGCCAGAUGGUGGCGCUUAACUUUCAGACUCUUGACCUUCCUAUGCAGCUCAACGUGGGGGUGUUUGAGUACAACGGCCGCAGCGGCUACCUGCUGAAACCAGAGUUCAUGAGGAGGACGGACAAACACUUUGACCCUUUUACGGAGAACAUAGUGGACGGGAUCGUCGCCAAUACAGUCAAAAUCAGGGUGAUCUCAGGCCAGUUCCUGACAGACAAAAAGGUGGGCGUGUAUGUAGAAGUGGACAUAUUCGGACUUCCCGCUGAUACAAAGAGGAAGUACAGAACCAAAACAUCUAAUGGGAACUCUCUGGACCCCGUGUGGGAUGAUGAAAUGUUUGUCUUCAAUAAGGUGGUCCUCCCCACCCUGGCCUCUCUGAGGAUAGCAGUGUUUGAAGAAAACGGCAAAUUCAUUGGCCACCGCAUCCUUCCCGUGUCGGCUAUUAGACCUGGCUACCACUACAUCAACCUGAAGACUGAGCUGAACCAGUCCCUGCUCCUGUCCUCCCUGCUGGUUUACACUGAGGCCCAGGACUACAUCCCCAAUGAACACCAGGAGUACGCAGAGGCUCUGACCAACCCCAUUAAGCAUAUCAGUCAGCUGCACAAGAGAGAGACACAGCUGGCUGUUCUCCUCGAGGACAACAGUGAGCAUGUCCCCGACCAGCCCAACAAUGGCGAGACCAAGAAAGAGAGUGACAUCAUUCCAGGAGUUCGACAUCCCUCCCCCUUCCACAACCCCCCUCCCUACCCAUUGGAUGAAGCCAGUGAGAUGAAAUUAGCCCCACCAGCACAAAGUCAGAAGGAGGACCUAAUAGCCACUGUUCUGACAGACGUCCAGGUCCACUCUAUAGAGGAGCUGAAGCAGCAGAAGAGUUAUAUGAAGCUGCUGAAGAAACAGAGCAAAGAGCUCAAAGACAUGCGCAAGAAACACCUCAAGAAGGUGUGGAAGCAGAGUAAGGAGCAGAAGAAUCGGAGUAGCCAGCUUCAAUCUGACUCCCAGAGGAGACGCAGUAGGAUGGAGAAACAUCUCAAACUUAGCAUCAAGAAAAACGAGCCCCAGGAGCCGGUGCAGCGCGAGCUGACAGCGUUGGAUCAGGAGCUGGAGAAGCAGACGGUCCAGCUGAGGGAAUGGCAGAUGCAGGAGCUGCUGAAACUUCGACAAGAGCUUCACUCACUGGAGAAAGAGAAGCAACAAAUACACCUACAAGAGGCCUUUCAGAAGUUAAAGGAGACGGCCCAUGAAUGCCAAGCAGUUCAGCUGAAGAAGCUCAAGGAGCUGUGUGAGAAGGAGAAGAAAGAGCUCCAGAAGAUCCUGGACAGGAAGCGACAAAACAGCAUCAGCGAAGCCAAGACCCGCGACAAAGACAAGGCUGAAACGGAGCUGAAUGAGAUCAACAGGAAACAUAUUCAAGAUUCUGUCGCCUUAAUCCGCGGGCUGGAGGAGGCUCAGAGCAGGAGACAGGAGAAGCUGAUAUUGAGGCAGCGGGAGUUGCUGCAGCACAUAGACGAGGAACUUCCCCUGCUGAAGGCUCAGUUGGAGAGGGAACUGGAGGAAGAGCAUCGGCGACUACCGGAGGAAAUCUGCCAACACCUACAGUUGGAGCUCCAGAACAAAGGUCUCCGACAGGACGCCCUGUUCUCGCCCCUCUCCAAUCACAGCAGCUCCAGCCCCAGCUCGGGGUCGGGCCCGCCGUCCAACUGCUCCACGCCUUCUUUCCCGUCAACGCCCAAUCGGAGCACCUGGAACAGGAGCAUGGACAAUAGCACUGCCUCAUUGGCUGAUUCCACUUCCUCGUCCACUCCCGUCCUGUCAGAAGCAGAGAUGUCGUUCAGUUAAAAUUAUUUCUUGUAAAAAGGAAAAAACAUACAUUCAACUGGGGUCUAUAAUGAUUAAUAUGUGGGAUAGUAAUGAUAUAGAUUAUUUACUAAUUUUAUUCCUUUUUUUAUUACAGACUGUUUUGUUCAUGUCUACAGAGCUAUAUUAUUUUUUAUUUUGCAGUUUUUGUCAGAUGACACAUGAUGAUUUCAUAAGAAUCAUAACCAAACAUUUGUUUUUGCAUUUGUUUUUUUUUUUUUACAUUUUUUUGUCCUUUCAUACCUUUUUCUUUGCAUCUUUUUCAUUUUGGUCUGGUCAGUAAGCUUUCUGUUCACACUUACUUUCUGUUUGUAACAGCUUUAUCCUCUUUUUUGAUGCAAAGAUUCAAACUGUAGGGAGAUGAAGAGGGUCAGAAAUGGCCUUUGUCGAGGAAAGAAAUAUAAUUCUCACAACAAAUUUUUGAUAUUUUGUUUAUAGCAACAUUUGACCGGUGAUAUUACUGUCUGUGCUACAAUAAGUGCAAUAUAUUCCACUUUCCACAUGUAUGUUCCAGAAAUGAGCAUCGAGAGGGAAUAUGGAGGAAAAGAGGACUCAAUUGUUAACCUGAUUUUAAAAAAAGGUUUCAGAUCUGAAGUUUUAACUGUAAUGUCAGUAGCUGACCAGUAAGUGGUGCUGCAGCCUCACUGUUUUUUUUCAGUUUGUGGUUUUUAGCUGCCCAUUCAUGUAGCCUGCUUAUCUUCAUAUACUGCACCUCGACACACACACACACACACACACA